GUCUGAAUUCCCAUUUCCCGGCUAACCAUCUACCAGUAUAUAUAUCUACCGGAAAAGAUGGUGCUUGAGGUCCAUGGCUACUUGCUAUCACCACCGGUGUUGAGAGUUAUUGCCUGCCUCAAAGAGAAGGAACUCGAUUACCAGUUUAUUUUUGUUGAUCGUCAGGCUGAAGAUAACAAAAAAGAACCUUUCCUUCGCCUUAAUCCCUUUGGUCAACUGCCUGCCUUCACGGAUGGAGAUUUGACCCUCUUUGAGUCAAGAGCAAUCACCCAGUACAUUGUACACGCAUAUGCUGACAGUGGGAGCCAGCUGGCCCCCGAAGAUCCUAAAGCAAUGGCGAUCUUGUCAAUGUGGAUGGAGGUUGAGGCUCACCAAUUUGAUGUGGCAGCAUCCAAGCUCAACUAUGAGCUCGUCAUAAAGCCUAUGCGCAACAUGACGAGCGAUGAUAAAGAGGUGGCAGGACACGAGAAGGCGCUCGUCAAGGUUCUUGACGUAUACGAGGAACGACUUAAGGUGUCACAAUACUUGGCUGGGGAUGAUUUCACAUUGGUUGAUCUUCACCACACACCCCUCAUAUAUUUCCUCAUGCGUACUAAAUCCAAAGCUCUUUUUGAAGAACGUACACAUGUUGUUGCAUGGGUUCGUAAGAUCUUGACCAGGUCUGCUUGGUCAAAGGUUCAGCAAUUGAUUCCGCAGAACAUUGUCGUCCCUUCUUAAUUACAUGAUUAAGUGCAUCCUCUACUAUUAAUAUAUUGUGAGUUUGAGAUCUUCAUCGUGUUCCUUGUAUUUUAGAUCGCGCGAUGUUCCACCUUUUUCAUAAUUAUUUGUGCUGUGUUGUACCUUGUAGUGUACCUUUGAUCGUGUUUCAUUUCUC